GUGAAAGUUGAGGGGGAGGAUCUGUUAAUAAAGCUGUAAAGGAGAGCAGUACAGGCCGACAGUGACCUUAACCAGCCUGACAGCCACACACCCAGCCUGACCAUGGCCUUGCUGAGAGGUAACCGCCUGCAUGAACCCUGUGACAGCUGCAGAAAUAAUGUAUAUCCCCUCACUGCUACAUAGUGUCUGUAUAUAAUAUAUAUCCCCUCACUGCUACAUAGUGUCUGUAUAUAAUAUAGAUCCCCCUCACUGCUAGAUAGUGUCUGUAUAUAAUAUAGAUCCCCCUCACUGCUACAUAGUGUCUGUAUAUAAUAUAAGAUCCCCCUCACUGCUACAUAGUGUCUGUAUAUAAUAUAGAUCCCCUCACUGCUACAUAGUGUCUGUAUAUAAUAUAAAUCCCUUCACUGCUACAUAGUGUCUGUAUAUAAUAUAAGAUCCCCCUCACUGCUAGAUAGUGUCUGUAUAUAAUAUAAGAUCCCUUCACUGCUAGAUAGUGUUUGUAUAUAAUAUAUAUCCCCCUCACUACUACAUAGUAUCUGCAUAUAAAUAGAUCCCCUCACUGCUACAUAGUGUCUGUAUAUAAUAUAGAUCCCCCUCACUGCUACAUAGUGUCUAUAUAUAAUAUAGAUCCCCCUCACUGCUACAUAGUGUCUGUAUAUAAUAUAAGAUCCCCCUCACUGCUACAUAGUGUCUGUAUAUAAUAUAAGAUCCCCCUCACUGCUACAUAGUGUCUGUAUAUAAUAUAAGAUCCCCCUCACUGCUACAUAGUGUCUGUAUAUAAUAUAAGAUCCCCCUCACUGCUACAUAGUGUCUGUAUAUAAUAUAGAUCUCCCUCACUGCUACAUAGUGUCUGUAUAUAAUAUAAGAUCCCCCUCACUGCUACAUAGUGUCUGUAUAUAAUAUAGAUCCCCCUCACUGCUACAUAGUGUCUGUAUAUAAUAUAGAUCCCCCUCACUGCUACAUAGUGUCUGUAUAUAAUAUAAGAUCCCCCUCACUGCUACAUAGUGUCUGUAUAUAAUAUAAGAUCCCCCUCACUGCUACAUAGUGUCUGUAUAUAAUAUAGAUCCCCCUCACUGCUACAUAGUGUCUGUAUAUAAUAUAAGAUCCCCCUCACUGCUACAUAGUGUCUGUAUAUAAUAUAAGAUCCCCCUCACUGCUACAUAGUGUCUGUAUAUAAUAUAAGAUCCCCCUCACUGCUACAUAGUGUCUGUAUAUAAUAUAGAUCCCCCUCACUGCUACAUAGUGUCUGUAUAUAAUAUAAGAUCCCCCUCACUGCUACAUAGUGUCUGUAUAUAAUAUAAGAUCAAAACGUAAAUAUAAAUAAUGCUAUGUAACCUAGUCCCAAUUAAUGGAUUAGGAACAUAGAGGUCAGUACGGUGGUACCAGCUCCACCAAGUGGGCUUGGACCCAUAUAACUUUACGUAUUAGCCGAAGGUGAAUACACCCCAAUCAAGGGGGGGGACUCCGUGCUGGUAUAUUGAAAGGGGGGGGGGAGGCGAGAUUAAAAAUUACAGUUUAGAGAUCUGUCUAGUGGGGUAAUAUUACAGUUGUCCACAGCCUCAAGUACCAGUAGUAUCUAAUGGGAAAAUACUUUAUUGAAUAAAACCGGAAAAUUAAGAUACAAAAAAGGAACUGGGCUGGGAAGCAAGUGUAGAAGUGGUUAUGGUAGUUACAGCCCCAUUCCCCUCUCCUAGUUUAAUGGCAUCAAAAAGCAGCCAAAUACUAUUGGGGCUAUGGUAGGUUGAUAAUACAGUACAAUAUACACACUACUCAAGGUAAUAACUGUAGUGAGAUGUAUACAGAUACUUAACUUAAUUAUUACAGCCUCCCAAGAUCGUUACCCAGAGAAAACGACCUAUUAACAUAGAUAACCACAAGCAACACAGAACUUCGGGAUACGGCUGGACAGUUAAUCUAAAAGGAACACAAAAAAUAUACACAAAAUAGUGAAGUACAAUUAACACAUGGUUUUCCGCUGAAUACAAAUGCACUCACAGAAUGAAGUAGAAUAUAUCGCUCAUAGGGUGCCUCCCCUAGUGGAAUGGGGGGUUGGUAAUCCCUUGGCUCCUUCUUAGGCUUCCUUAAUGAUGCUCAGGACUCCAAACAGGUAAUGGUAGAAAAAAGAUGUAUUUUAUUGAUAAAAGGUGAGUAUUCACCAUCAGUAUAAAGUAUAAUAAAAUUGAUUACAGUAACACAGGGAGGAUGAAAAACAGCUGAACAGCUCCUUCCCAGAACCAAUUGAAUAGCAGAUACUGGAUACCACCCACGGAACCACCAAUGAACAUGGGGAUUAGCCCUAUUUAAAGAGGACACAGGGAUGGGGGGAAUAGGAUGUUUUUUUAUAUAAUAAAGUAUAAUAAAGUAUAAUAAAAAACGGUAUGGUCCUACGCGUUUCGUUCUGCAAAGAACUUCAUCAGGGACCGUAUAUAAAGAAUAAAAUCAAUAUACAAUUACAGUAUAUAAAAAAACAUCCUAUUCCCCCCAUCCCUGUGUCCUCUUUAAAUAGGGCUAAUCCCCAUGUUCAUUGGUGGUUCCGUGGGUGGUAUCCAGUAUCUGCUAUUCAAUUGGUUCUGGGAAGGAGCUGUUCAGCUGUUUUUCAUCCUCCCUGUGUUACUGUAAUCAAUUUAUUUGAUUACAGUAACACAGGGAGGAUGAAAAACAGCUGAACAGCUCCUUCCCAGAACCAAUUGAAUAGCAGAUACUGGAUACCACCCACGGAACCACCAAUGAACAUGGGGAUUAGCCCUAUUUAAAGAGGACACAGGGAUGGGGGGAAUAGGAUGUUUUUUUUAUAUACUGUAAUUGUAUAUUGAUUUUAUUCUUUAUAUACGGUCCCUGAUGAAGUUCUUUGCAGAACGAAACGCGUAGGACCAUACCGUUUUUUAUUAUACUUUAUACUGAUGGUGAAUACUCACCUUUUAUCAAUAAAAUACAUCUUUUUUCUACCAUUACCUGUUUGGAGUCCUGAGCAUCAUUAAGGAAGCCUAAGAAGGAGCCAAGGGAUUACCAACCCCCCAUUCCACUAGGGGAGGCACCCUAUGAGCGAUAUAUUCUACUUCAUUCUGUGAGUGCAUUUGUAUUCAGCGGAAAACCAUGUGUUAAUUGUACUUCACUAUUUUGUGUAUAUUUUUUGUGUUCCUUUUAGAUUAACUGUCCAGCCGUAUCCCGAAGUUCUGUGUUGCUUGUGGUUAUCUAUGGUAGGUUGAUGGCUGAUAAAUCCAAAAUAAAACCGGAUAAAUACAGGGAAGGUUCACUAAAAAGUGUUCUGGUGGAUGAACAUAACAUUAGAAGCAAGAGACAGGAAAGGAGGAAGGCAGCAAUGUAUUUAGCCAAGACAGAGGGGCGAUGGUCGGAAAAAAAUUGCCAAAAAAUACUCCAAAAGUCUCUCUCUUUUUUUUUAAUUUUAUUUUAUUUAUUUUUUUUAUUAAUUUUUUAAUUUUUUUUGCUCUCGCCCAUAUACAUUGCAUUACCCACUGGGACUGCAAAUUACUGUCUGUAUACUGCCACCACCAUGCUUCACCAUCUGGAUGGUAUUGUGCAGGUGAUGAGCGGUAUCUGGAUUUCUCCAGACAUGAAGCUUUGAAGUUAGUCCAAACAGUUCAAUGUUAAUUUCAUUAGAUCAGAGAAUCUUGUUUGUCACAGUCUGAGAUUCCUUUAAGUGGUGGGUGUUUGUUUUUAUUUAUUUAUUUAUUUAUUUAUUUAUUUAUUGCAGUUUCCAAGUUGGUUUUUAUGUGUCUUGCAUUGAGUAGAGGCUUCCAUCUGCCAUAAAGGCCAGAUUGGUGGAGUGUUGAAGUGAUGGUUAUCCUUCCUUAAAGGGACACUCCAGGCACCCAGACCACUCCUGCCCAUUGGAGUGGUCUGGGUGCCAACUCCCACUACCUUUAACCCUGCAAGUGUAAUUAGUGCAGAAUUUCAUAAACUGCACUAAUUGCCUAACCGGGUUAAGUCCUCCUCUAGUGGCUGUCUAUGAGACAGCCACUAGAGGAGCUUCCGGGUUCUUAAAACACUUUGUGUUUUAAGAGAUGCUGGACGUCCUCACGCAAUGCAUGAGUACCUCCAGCAUCGCCGGAAUCCCUAUAGGAAAGCAUUGAAUAAUGCUUUCCUAUGGGGUGGUGUAAUAUAAACAUAGAAUGUGACCACAGAUAAGAACCAUUUGACCCAUCUAGUCUGCCCAAUUUUCUAAAUACUUUCAUUAGCCCCUGGCCUUAUCUUAUAGUAUCCCAUGCAUGCUUAAACUACUUUACUGUAUUAACCUCUACCACUUCAGCUGGAAGGCUAUUCCAUGCAUCCACUACCCUCUCAGUAAAGUAAUACUUCCUGAUAUUAUUUUUAAACCUUUGUCCCUCUAAUUUAAGACUAUGUCCUCUUGUUGUGGUAGUUUUUCUUCUUUUAAAUAUAGUCUCCUCCUUUACUGUGUUGAUUCCCUUUAUAUAUUUAAAUGUUUCUAUCAUAUCCCCCCUGUCUCGUCUUUCCUCCAAGCUAUACAUGUUAAGAUCCUUUAACCUUUCCUGGUAAGUUUUAUCCCGCAAUCCAUGAACCAGUUUAGUAGCCCUUCUCUGAACCCUCUCUAAGGUAUCAAUAUCCUUCUGAAGAUACGGUCUCCAGUACUGCGUACAAUACUCCAAGUGAGGUCUCAUCAGUGUUCUGUACAAUGGCAUGAGCACUUCCCUCUUUCUACUGCUAAUACCUCUCCCUAUACAACCAAGCAUUCUGCUGGCAUUUCCUGCUGCUCUAUUACAGUGUCUGCCUACCUUUUAAAGGAACACUAUAGUCACCUAAAUUACUUUAGCUAAAUAAAGCAGUUUUUGUGUAUAGAUCAUUCUCCUGCAAUUUCACUGCUCAAUUCACUGUCAUUUAGGAGUUAAAUCACUUUGUUUCUGUUUAUGCAGCCCUAGCCACACCUCCCCUGGCUAUGAUUGACAGAGCCUGCAUGAAAAAAAAAAAACUGGUUUCACUUUCAAACAGAUGUAAUUUACCUUAAAUAAUUGUAUCUCAAUCUAAAUUGAAUUUUAAUCACAUACAGGAGGCUCUUGCAGGGUCUAGCAAGCUAUUAACAUAGCAGGGGAUAAGAAAAGCUUAAUUAAACAGAACUUGUAAUAAAAGCCUAAAUAGGGCUCUCUUUACAGGAAGUGUUUAUGGAAGGCUGUGCAAGUCACAUGCAGGGAGGUGUGAUUAGGGUUCAUAAACAAAGGGAUUUAACUCCUAAAUGGCAGAGGAUUGAGCAAUGAGGCUGCAGGGGCAUGUUCUAUAUACCAAAACUGCUUCAUUAAGCUAAAGUUGUUCAGGUGACUAUAGUGUCCCUUUAAGUCAUCAGAAAUAAUCACCCCUAAAUCCCUUUCCUCAAAUGUUGAGGUUAGGACUCUAUCAAAUAUUCUGUACUCUGCCCUUGGGUUUUUACGUCCAAGAUGCAUUAUCUUGCACUUAUCCACAUUAAAUGUCAGUUGACACAACUCUGAGCAUUUUUCUAGUUUACCUAAAUCAUUUGCCAUUUGGAACAUCAACCUUGUUGCAAAUCUUAGUAUCAUCAGCAAAAAGACAUACCUUACCAUCAAGACCUUCUGCAAUAUCACUAAUAAAAACAUUAAAGAGAAUGGGUCCAAGUAUCCCUUAGGUACCCCACUGGUGACAAGCCCAAGCUUCGAAUAUACUCCAUUAACUACAACCCUCUGUUGCCUGUCACUCAGCCACUGCCUUACCCAUUCAACAAUAUUGGAAUCCAAACUUAAAGAUUGCAGUUUAUUGAUAAGCCUUCUAUGUGGAACAGUGUCAAAAGCCUUACUGAAAUCUAGGUCAGCAAUGUCUACUGCACCACCCUGAUCUAUAAUUUUAGUUACCCAAUCAAAAAAAUAAAUAAGAUUAGUUUGGCAUAAUCUCCCUGCAGUAAACCCAUGUCUCUGAAAUUGAAAUCCAUGUGUUUUUAGAUGUUCAUCAAUCCUAUCCUUUAACAUGGUUUCCAUCACUUUCCCCACUACUGAAGUAAGUCUUACUGGCCUAUAGUUGCCCGACUCCUCCCUAUUACCUUUCUUGUGAAUGGGCACAACAUUCGCUAACUUCCAAUCUUCUGGGACUACUCCUGUUAAUGAUUGGUGAAAUAAAUCUGUUAAUGGUUUUGCUAGUACACCCCUAAGCUCUUUUAAAACCUCUGGGUGUAUUCCAUCAGGUCCCAUUGACUUAUUUGUCUUUACUUUUGACAGUUGAAAUAGAACCUCUUCCUCUGUAAACUCGCGUUUAAUAAAUGACUCAUUUAUCCUUUUUCUUAACUGAGGUCCCUUUCAUUCAUUUUCAUCUGUAAAUACCGAACAAAAAUAUUCACUGAGGCGGUCAGCUAGACCUUUAUCCUAUUCUACAUAUCUUCCUUCUUUUGUUUUUAAUCUAACUAAUCCUUGUUUUACUUUUCUUUUCUCAUUCAUGUAUCUAAAAAAAGUUUUGUUCCCUUUUUUUUUUUUUUACUGACUGUGCUAUUUUCUCUUCUGUAUGUGAUUUGGAAGCUCUUAUAACUUGCUUAGCCUCUUCCUGCCUUAUCUUAAAGCUCAUUCUGUGUUUAUUUUAUUUAUUUUUUUAUUUUUAUUUAUUUUUUACUAUUUUGGCCACAGUGGUUUCUUGAAUUAUUUUGCUUUUACUGACAAGCCUAAUGCAAUUUUCUGUUGCCUUCAAUAGUGCAACUUUUAAAUAAUCCCAUUUUUCUUGGACUCCAUUUAAAUUGCUCCAGUCUGAUAAUGACUCCGUUACACAUAUUCUAAUUUUAGAAAAGUCUGUUUUUCUAAAGUCUAAAACGGACUCUAUGUUGCCUUACUAACUUUUAUUAUGCUAGAUUAUAUGCUAUCCUUCACAUACAGGGCCACCCCUCCCCAUUUCUUGCCUUCCCUGUCUUUUUUUUUUUUUUCUUUUCUAUAUAAAGAGUACCCUGGUAUUGCUAUGUCCCAGUCAUUUUUCUCAUUAUACCAUGUCUCAGUAACAGCGACUAAAUCUACACUAUCAGUUGCCAUUAUUGCCACAAGUUCAUGGAUCUUAUUCCCUAAACUGCGAGCAUUUGUAGACAUGACUCUAAGCUUAUCAUUUUUUUUAACACACUUGCUACAUGUACCUUCUGUCCUUGUUUUGGGGGACAAUUGGAUUGAUGUUUUAUCACCCUUUUGCCCCCCCUCCCCCCCUAGUUUUAAUACAUCCUAGCAAAACCUCUGAACUGCUCACUGAGAACAUUUGUUCCCUUUUGAGAAAGAUGCAAACCAUCUUUUUUUUUUUUGUACAGUUUAUUUCCAUUCCAAACAGAGCUACCAUGAGAAAUAAAGCCAAAUGCGUGCGUGCGGCCGUUGCCCGCGGCAAUUACCACGCAUGCGCAUUAGGUCUCCCCCGCCAGCUGGCAGGUGAGGAGACUUGGUGGAGCCUGACCCUGCGCCGAGGGACAUCAGCGCUGGAUACAGGUAAGUCACUGAAGGGCUUUUAACCCACCCAGCAACAUGGGGUGGUAGGGAGAGGGGACCUGCAGUGCCAGAAAAAUGGUUUGUUUUCCUGGCACUAGAAAGUCCCUUUUAAGUUUCUCCCGUCUCCACACUUGAUCUCUGGAGCUUACCCAGAGUUACCAUUGGGUUUUUGGUUUCCCCCUCAAGGCCUUGUCCCCCUGAUUUUUGCUCAGUUUGGCCAGGCAGCCAGGUCUAGGAAGAGUCCUGGUUAUGGAGGCCACAGUACUCUUGGGAACUUUCAUUGUAGGCUUUCUAGCCUUCCCCAUAACUGUGCCUAGACACAUUCCUGUCUCUGAGCUCUGCCAGCAGUUCUGUUGACUUUAUGGCUUAGUUUUUGCUCUAAUAUGCAUUUGCUGCUUUGCAACCUCUCAUAGACCGUUGUGUGCCUUUCCAAAUCCUGUCCAAUCAACUACAUUUGCUACAGGUGGACUUCAGUAGUAGUGUGUAGAAAGAAAUGUCUCCAAGAUGAUACAGAGAAAUGGAAUGGAUCUGAACUAAAUAUCAAGUGAUGGAAAAGUGUUUCAAUACUUAUAUUAAUGUGAUAGUUCAGUUUAUUUUGUGUGGUUUUUUUUUUUUUUAUUAGAUUUGAAAUGAUUUCAAAAAAACUUUUUUUUUCUUUUUUUUUUUUUUUGCUUUAAUAUGGGGUAUUGAGAUUAAGUGUAGAUUGAUUUUGACUUUAUUUUUAUUGAAUAAAUCAUGACACUCUGUAAUAUGCCAUGUGUUGCUCACCCGAGGUUGUAUUUACCUAAUUUUAAGACCUGCUAAGGAACGGGUAAUUGUUGUUAUUUCCUGAUGUAUAAAACCAUAGAAUUCAAAGAGGGUGUACUUUUUUUCUCGCCAUGACUCUAGGUAGUAAUCUGGCUUGCCUUCCAAACUGCCAAAAGCUUUCUGUCAAUCCUUUUGACUGGUCUUCAGUAUUCUGUAGAACACUGCAAAAUAGUACAAUAUUAUUUGUAAUAAUGAACAUUUUAAUAAACAAGAUGCACUUACAAAAACACAUUCACGUGCUCUGUCAGAAGUCCCAAAUUCUGUUUUACUUUGAAUCUCCAGGCAACAUAUCUCCCAGGUACUAGGAACCUGACAGCAAACAAGUUCUCCAGACAUUAGAGGGAUGCCAGCAACUGUAGAAUGGACAGUUUCCUGACUACAGGGACUGUUUCAUCUGGAUCUGUUUGCGUCCAGAACCAACUGUUGGACCCUACAUUUCUUCAGUUGGCUUGCAGACCCAGAUUGUCUAGAGGUGAAUGCCUUUCUACAGGACUAAUCUCCGCUAGGGGGUUACAUCUGCAAGUUACCAUCUGCAAUUGCACUAGAUAUCCAUCACGCUUAUAACCCCUUUUUAGCAGGGUCUUCCUGGAGAUGUCAUACAUGAACCCUCUUUUGUUGCUGUCUUUUGCCCUUCUCUUCAUGUAUCUACUUGGGUACUCUCAUCUGUGCAGUGGCUUUUGUGCACAGCUAGGUCUUUCCUCUGGGGCAACUGUGCUCUGGGUACGAUAAAAUGCUGUCUUAGUGAUUCCUUUACAGCUCUCAUGGCCUUUUUCCAACGGUAGGUCGUAUUAAUUUGGUUGGUUCGAACAUCUCGGCUAGUUUCUCCCAAGUAUAAGGUGUGCCUGUCCGCAAAGAUCCUCGUGUGUGUGUGUGUGUGUUUUUUUUUUUUUUUUUUCUUAUGCAGUAUUCAUUUCUCUUAACUGAUGGAUACAAAGUAUUUAACACUUCUGGAUAUUUUUAUUUAUUUUUGUGUGUGAUUUGGCCUGAGAAUGUUUUCUUAUCCCUGACAACUCAUUGCCAAACUGUUUUACUUUGUCUCUCCAUGUCUCAGUACAUCGAGAAAUGUUAAACGUAAUGCCAUCCAGAGAAAAAGAAAUCAAAUGUUUGCAUAUAAGUCGAACUUGAAAUUUUGUAAAGAAAAUUUGCCCUCCCCCUUAUUUUGGACUUAUUUAUUUCCUUUAUGUGUCAUUGCUGCUAUGGAGUUGCAGUAAAGAACAUCUUGGCAAAAUAUUCGCCUCCUGUCCUUUAAAAUUAGAAUGAUCUCUUCACUAAUGCUAGGAUAAUUCACAAUUUUUACCUAGUCAUGUGAUCUAAGAAUAAUUAUAUUGAUAAUAAAAUCAGUAGAAAGCUUUUUCCAUGGCAAAAGUUUGUGUAUUUUAAAACGUGAGGAAAGAGUUUAAAGACAAGCUCAAUGUGUUAGAAUGUAUUUAUUAUUCUAGUGCAAGACUGGAGGGUCGUGGUGGACACAGUCUUCAUAAUAUCUCUGGCUGGACAGCACCUUUUUAACUAUAUGAUGUAAAGGUAACAAGGUCUACUGCUCUUGUCUGCAGAAGAGUCUUUGUAGGUAGGAUGAACCUGUCACCUGACUCUGUGUUAGUUCUUCUGCUUGGAUACGUCACAAACAUAGGAAUUAUUCUACAGCGUUGUUCCAGUGAGCAUACUUGUCAUACAAGGCUAGUCACCUGUUACACUGGAAGAUCUAAGGUCACAUUGUAUAUUUCAAUACGUUAUCGAGAAAGGGCAAAGCCAUUAUGAAGUACUUGGUUAACCUUUGGACCCGGAAUGCUAGAUUACAGCUUGCAUUUGUUGAAUGCUGCACCAGCUCAGUUAAGUUAAAAAGGUUCAACUUUCAGGCCUACAUCGCAUGUUCUAACCUUUUUGAUUCAAGGUGAGAUGAUGACAGAAUUCUGUGAACUUGCAUUGGAGCAGAUAAGUCUUUAAAACAAAAUUAAAGAGAAGAAUAAUUUUUUAUUAAAAAGUUUGUGCUUUAAGCGGAAUUAAUAACGGUUCUGGAAAAUAACACCAUUGAAUGAAACUUUGAAAGUCUCCUAUAACUUGUGUUAACCUUUUCAUGUGAUGCUCCAUUUUAUAUGGAAAUAAAUGAUAGAUUUAGCAAGUGACAUCAAUCCAGUGAACAGGGAUCAGGAAUCCCUAUCGCCCAGGACAAGUAGUCUCUGCCCACUCCCUCUAGCCCUACUGCAGUAAAGCCACAGGGCUGGGCCAGGUAGCCUGUGGUUUGAACCUCUAUUGGUUGCAAAACACAGUAAUCUUACUGCAGUUUGAGGGAUUAUUGUGGUUUGCACCUGAAAGAGCUGCAGACCUCAGGCUCCCACACGAGGCUGUCCAGGAUGCUCUUCCUUACGCCUGGGCUGUCCUUUUCUGCUCCGCACGUAGGAGUGUCAUCAGGCUCAGCAGCAGCAUUCCAAUCUGCUUCCUGCUGAACUUCUCUAGUCUCACUCCUCCUAAUGUUUUGUGUAUGUGUUUUUUUUUUUUUUUCACACCCUUUAGUUCAGUCUAGGCACUAGCGGAGGCCAGUCCUGUAGAAAGGCAUUCUCGUCUGGAAGUCAACUGAAGAAAUGUAUGGUCCGACGGUUGGUUCUGAACACAAACAGAUCCAGAUGAAACAGUCCCUGUAAUCAGGAAACUAUGCAGAUGUAUGGAAAUUGUUUGCCAUCAGGCUCACAAUACCUGGGAGAUAUUCUGCCUGGAGUGAGAGAUUCUGAGUAAAACAGAAUUUGGGAGUUCUGACCGAGCACGUGAAUGUGUUUUUUGUAAGUGCAUCUGAACAGGAAUGCAAAGAAGGAGUAGAACAAACCUUUGAAGCCAAUGAGUCAAGAUGGAGGUGCUACUGGAAACUUGCAUUGUAGUGUAAUGUAGUGCAUAGAGAACAUCAAAGCAACAGUAGUUGUGACUAUGCAUUUUUGGAUCUGAACAGGAACUCGACAAGAAAUUUUCAGUGUAACAAUUUUAAAUUUGCUUUACUUUAUUAUUGUUCUUUAGGAAUUUUUGUUGUUUCCGCCAAAAGAACACCAUUUGGCACCUACGGUGGGCUGCUGAAAGACCAUACAGCGACAGAUUUAGGUGAAAUUGCUGCAAAAGCUGCCCUUGCAGCUGGCAACGUGUCUCCGGACAUCAUUGAUAGCAUUGUGUUUGGGAAUGUUGCACAGGUAUGUUCUGAUUUUAUUGACUUUUACAUUGAAGUGUGGAAACCUAUGUGUUUGUUUAUGUAAAAUGAUGCAUGAACCUACUGAAUGUGUACAUAUUUACUAAAAGGUGCGUGGAAAACAGAUCAAUAUUGACUACCUUUGUAGAAGAUGUGCUGUGUUGACAAAAUAUUGCUAUCUUCUGCUCUAUUUUGCAGGUUUUUUCUUUAUGCUCGGUGGGAAAAAUAUUGCGGAUUCAGUUCUUUAAUUUUUGGUAUUUCUUGUAGGGUGAAAAAAUGUAAAACCUAAACUUGGCGCCCAGCGUAUAUGUGUUUAUUUGCUUAUGUGCAAACCAUAGUGAAAUGAAACUUUAUUUACUCUCAAAUUUCAUCUGAUGAAAAUAGUAAAGUGUGCUGUUUUUAUCUCCUCUUUCUGAAAGGAAACUUGGCUUCUGGGAAUAAAGCAAACAAAGAAAUGUGACUACGAUUAGGGACUAAUAGAAAUGACUGGGAUUGGAUCAUUAAAUCUAAAUAGAAGUAAUUAUUCUGCACAACUAAUCUAUAGAUAUUGUCACUAUACUUCACUUACUACAUCAUAACUCAUGAUUGCAUUAAACAUUCCGUUACAACUCCUUAUUUCAUUUGGUUUGUCUACAGUUAGUAGAUGACUGCCCUGCAUGUAUAUUUUUGUCACUUUUUUUGUUUAGUUUUUUACCCCGGUGGUGACCAGGAUAAAACACUCUAAGAUCCAAGGGCUUGUGGAUAUCGGUGCCUCCAUUUUCUGAGCGGACACCUGGAUGUUCGGGUUUGGCCGAACUUUGGGAAAAAAAAAAGUCUGGGUUUGGGAUCGAACUUAAACCCGAACUUUUGGGCACAAAAAUGCCUCUAAAGUCCUGGAAAGGGCUAGAGGGCUGCAAAAGGAGGUAAAAUGGGGUAAAAGUAGGACAAGUGCCCUGCAAACAUGUGGAUAGGGAAAUCACUUAAAAUAACAUAAAAAUUAAAUUACAGGGCUAGGUGGAUGGCCCAUGGAAACCCCGCCAGCAGAGUCAUUAAGAAGCAAAAGAGACUGCUGCAUGACUUGUGGCUCAGACUGCUUGGCUGAUUUGCAAGGGGGUGAGGUGAAAGACAGAUGGCCAUGGGCUGCAGGUGCCAACUCUGAGCUUUCAGCAGGGGACCGGGUGGGAGACAAUGUGAAGGAACUGGAGGCACUGUCAGCCAUCCACUCUAUCUCCUGUACUUGUUCUGGCCUCCCCAUUUGGAGAGCGGCAUUCGGGCCUACCAAAUAACGCUGAAGGUUCUGUCGCCUAGUCGCACAUGAGGAAGGGGUUUCACUUGAGCGUGUAGCUGGCACAGAUCGACAAUGUCCUCUCCUUGCAACAGGAACUCCACCAGCAGCACCACGACCAGGUCCAUGUCCCUUAUUUGACGCACUCCUCAUUCUUUGCAUUCACCCACCAAACUAACAGAUGUUUUAUGUCAGACGCCAAUGUAACCACCAAAAGUCAACAAUGUGGUUUUUGUUUUAAGUUUAUUGGACUGCAAAAACGCACCACGCGCCGCAUAUGUACUAUUUAGCACCAAGUAAAUUAGAAUUUUUGAAAGUGUGAUGUAACCACAGUAAUUGACGCUUAUAUUUGACUCUCAGAUAUGAAGAGCACGCCCAAAAUUUACUGUUUAGCACCAAAACAAUUAGAUUUUUACAGUUGCGCUGUAACCACAGUAUUUGACGCUUCUAUUUGACUCUCAGAUAUGAAGUGCACCCCACUAAUGUACUAGUUUGCAGAAUUCUUUCCUAAGCUAUCCCUCACAGCGGCAGCAUCCUCUCCCUACACUAAUAAGACCUCAUGUGCGUGCGGCGCUACGCGACUCCAGUGUAAGAAAAUUUACGAUAAGUAGGAAUAAAAUUUCCCUGGCCAUAUCCACGGCAGCACAACAAUGGGUAAUACUCAAGCAAUAACCAAGGGAGGGAAAGAAAUACACGACUUCCAAAUUAUGAAUGCAAAGUGAAAACACACACCUCAUAGGGACAGUGGAAAUUAAAAACUUAUUGCCACAUUACCAGAUUGACCUACUCAAAUGUACCAAAGAAAAUGUCUGUGUUUAAAAAAAAAAAUAAAAAAAAAAAAAAAUAUUGGUUGAGGACCAACCAGGCACUUAACCUAUAAGUUCCAGGGAAACUUGGCCACCGAUGCUCUGGUGGAGAGCGAACAGGCCUUCAGGUACUGUAACCCCUUGGGCUUAGUAACCUGAAAAUAGCCAAGACUAUCCCUCUCUACUAAUUGUUUAUAUAGAGGCAUGAAGACCUCUUCUGGUGCAUUAGUAAAGAUAAACAGAUUAUCAGAAGAAAGCCAGGUAGUCUAUUUCCCACCCCCCCCCUUCUUUUCCCCCCCGAGAAGGUUUCAUUAUGGAGUCUUCAUUCCAAUCAAUAGGCUUUUAGAGCUAGAAGAAUAAUUUCUUCAUUAAUAUGGAGAGAAUAAGCCACAUAAUGACUAAAUUCAGGAACCGAUUGAGUAUUAUUCUAUAUUGUGAAAGACCGUAAAAGGGGUUUUAUGCCAAAUAGUGCUUGAAGAUCUGAAAUCCUUCUGCCCAAUGCAAAUGUCACCGAUUAGAGCUAACUUAAUAUUAAGCAGAUGUGGAGAGAGAGAGACACAGACAGACACUCUCAUGGUUAAAAGGGGUGAGAAGUCCACAGGAGCAAUAAAUAAAACCUACAGAUAUCAACCCCCUUCGCAAAAAAAUCAGAGUGCUAAGGAAUAAGAAAAUCCAGCUGCUAUAUUGGGAGGUAUAACAGAUGCAUAGUGGCUAUAUUAAAAGACACAGACGCCUAGUAAUAAGUGAAUUAAAAGGCAUAUUCUAUUAAAAGGCAUAAGUGGUCUAUAUAGAAGCCUAGGAAUAAAGAUUUCAGCAGACCUUUUAUUUGCUUAAAAUUAGCAGGAAACUCUUACUGUUCAGAUGACAUUGAUGAAGGGGUUAUAUCCAUAUAUAUGCUCUGAAUGUGCAGGCUGAUGGUAUAAUCUUGCUACCCUUAGGUUCACAAUAAGUAAAUCCAUGUGAAAGUACAAGAUAGCAGAGUAGUAUAUUAAUCCUUUCAGCGAUGUAAUGUUAGUCAAUGUCAUAUUAAUCCUUGCAAUCCAUAUGCUCUGUAUGUGCGUGUCCAGCCUGCUACCUUUGGGUCACUGCAGGUAUUAUGGUGAUGGCAUGAUCUUGCUACCCCUCGGGUCACAGCAAGUUAGAACCCCCAGUCACUAAAGGGGUUUCUCCAAGGGGUCACAUUUUUGGAGGGCCGUGUAUUGGAAACUUGCCAAGGGAGAGAGGCUGAACUCCCAAGGGGCCAGAGGAACAAACUUUCCUCAGGUAAGCCAUAAAAGUUUUGUGUGGGUUUUUUUUUUUUUGUCCUGAAAUGACGGUCUGUUCUAGGGAUAGGACCGGAACAAAAAGACUGAGGGUGGGAGGGGUCACUUAAACCUUCUGUUUUAAUUAGGUUCCUGUCUGGUUAAGGAUAGGGAGGAGCUACCCAUUGUUGUGCUGCCAUGCAUAUGGUCAGGAAACCUAUAUAUUUUUAUUAUAUUAAAAUAUCUCUAAUUAAAAAAAAAAAUGUAAACAUGGUUUGAGAUGAACACCAAUCACUGAUCUCCAUAUGUUUCAUGUUGCAGACUUCUACAGAUGCAAUUUACCUGGCCAGACACGUUGGUCUUCGGACAGGAAUCCCAAUCUCUGUCCCAGCGCUCCUUGUGAACAGACUUUGUGGGUCUGGCUUCCAAUCCAUUGUCAAUGGCUGUCAGGUAAAGUAUGUUUGUGGGGGGGGGUUGGGUUUUUUUUUUUUUUGUGUAGUUUUCAAUUUGAUACUGUAAACAACUGAUAAAUGUAGCAUUCUGUAUGAAAACUAGUGUUUUGGAGUCCAAAUUGUAAAAGGGGAACAAUUAGCAGAAACAUUCCAUUGGGUUCUAUGGUGACUUCUACACUCUUAAUAUUAAAGAGUGAAACAAAUAGGCCAUUUUGAGGCUAAAUUAAAAGUGUAAUAUAGAGCUUUGCCACAAGAUGUCAUCAAAGGAUUACCUUAAAAAGCAAUUGCUCUCUUCAGGAGAUUCUCCUUUAACUAAAAUUAAAAAAUAAAAUCCCUUUCAAAAAAUUGAAUGUAAGGUGAAAUUAAAUUAGACAAAUCCACAUAUGAGAACUUAUCUUGGAUGACGCCCUGUAUACACCAUGAAUCAACUGACUCCCAGCUCUAGAAAAAUGUCCUCAGACAAACAUAUAGGGGCUCUGUAGCCCAGUAGCAGGUUGCCAGAGAGCUUUCUUUUAGUAGGAACCAGAGUUCAAACUAACUGGAAACUAAUGUGACAGGACGGAAUCGAUGGCCUAUGUGAUGUUCCGUGGGGGUCUUAUGAUGCAUCCAGAAAUUUACCGUAGGUGGCUGUAAAAGACCCUUCAAGGCUCCAGGCAGGACACAGUAGACCCAUUAUAGACUGCUCUUGUCCCAGCUUAGUAGAAGAGAUUAGGGGGGACCCCUGGGCACCAGAGUCCUAUUCUAUCAGGUUAGAUGCACUUGCACUGCCUUCUGUAGGAUGAGCAGCUGGGUAGGGUAAUGGUCAAGUAAAUGAAUUGAUGGUAACUUUUUAAAUGGAAGAACAAAGACGUCUUGCAACUUGAAAAACUGACAAAUUGCUGUUUUUGCAGGAAAUUGCCCUUCGAGAGUCUGAGAUUGUUAUGUGUGGUGGUACUGAGAGCAUGAGUCAGUCUCCAUAUGCAGUCCGAAAUAUCCGUUUUGGAACCAAACUUGGCGCUGAUAUCAAGGUAUAACUUUUUCUUCUGUUUUUGUGUUCUGAGUUUGAUUAACAGUGUUCCAAGGUACCUUACUGAAAUUGAGUAGUUUUAAAUAACACUGGUUAGUGUCAAGCCCAAAUUCUGUUAUAUAUUUUCGUUUUUUGUCUUGUGAAAUUUUUUUAUUUUUUUUUCGAUCUUGUAACAUUUACAUUAUUUAGUUACAUGUAAAGUCCAACACGCAAAUUUCAUACGCUGUGUGUCUUUAAAUAUCAGCUCUUUGUAAUGCGUUUAAUGUAAUGUUUAGAUGAGUGUUGCAUUGGAUCUUAGCCUGGCUCCCAUAUACACCAUACAUGUGAAGAAGAAGUAGGAAAGUGUAUACACUUAAUUAUUAAACUAGUCCUGUCAUUUAGAUGGAGGACACAUUGUGGGCUGGGCUUACGGACUCUCAUAUUAAGACCCCCAUGGCCAUUACAGCUGAGACUUUGGGUGAAAAAUACAAAGUAACAAGGCAAGACUGUGACAAUUAUUCCUUCCAGACUCAGCAAAGAUGGAAAGCAGGUGCGUAGAGAAUCUUCUCCAGAAAAAGUAAAAAUGUUGUUACUUUUAGACCUGUUACGGUUAUAGUUGUGUUUUUAUUAUUAAACAAUCACAAAUAUUUAUUGUGAUGAUGUGUAUUUAUAUUUUUUUUUUUUUUUUUUUUAAUUCUCUUAAAGAUGUCUUCACACAGUUUCCUUCUGUAUACUCUUUGUGUGCUCCCAUGUAAUCUAGGAUUUGUUAUGUGACCAAAGCCUUUUUUUUAAAUUUUAUUUAUUUAUUAUUUUUUUCAUUAUUAUACAAUGGACUUAUUGUUUAAAACCCUGCUCCACAGCCCAGGAUGCUGGAUACUUUGCUGAGGAAAUGGCUCCCAUUGAGCUAAAGUCAAAGAAAGGACCCAUCAAAAUGGACAAAGAUGAGCACCCUAGGCCACAGACCACCUUAGAGCAGAUGGCUAAACUCCCACCUGUGUUCAAGAAGGACGGCAUGGUCACUGCUGGAAAUGCCUCGGUGAGAAAGUGAAAUAUAUAUUAUUUAAAAAAAAAUAAUUUAUUUUUAAUUCUUGUUUAUUACUGUAAACCCCAUAAAGUGUACGACAUUCUGGUAUAUAAGUUCUAGAGUUGCCUAAAGGGAAAUUCUGGUGUGAAGAGUAAUGAAAUUUGUGCAGUCCUAGGUUCUGUUGUGAUUGCUCCAUUUUGCCCCAGGUUAUGCUUUAGAUACCUUGUUUCAACUGUUCUUAGAAUGUCUGUAAAGGCUCUUGGUCUGGGUUUGAAACAAAGGGGACCAGAUGUAGAAACAUCAGAGGGGAAAUAAUCCAUAAUUCUAUCAAUACGUUGGCAUUGAUCCCGAUAAAGAGGCUCUCACAGUCUGUCAGAUAAAAUGCUAGUAGUGGUUUUUGUCAUUGUCUCUUGUUUCUCAUACGGAGUCUCGCAUUGGCCCCCGCUUUAUUUUAUUCGAGGCCUCACUUACCUGGUUUAAUUUUCAUAAAUGUGUUGUCUUUAUUGGCACACAGGGAAUAUGCGAUGGAGCUGGUGCUUUGAUUGUUGCCAGUGAAGAUGCCGUAACAAAACACAAACUCACGCCACUGGCUCGAAUUGUGGCCUAUCAUGCGUCUGGCUGUGACCCUAAGAUUAUGGGUUUCGGUAAGAAAUGUGUUUUUCUUUCUCAACGUAUUCUGCCUUUCUUUCUAUCCUAGAAUGCGCUAUUUGUGGACACUGCUAUGCCAGUGAUUCCCAUAUGGGCAGGGUAUGCUCAUUUCUGUUUACCUGCUAUAGAGGAACUCUAUAUUUUAAUCCAUUCUACAGGUGAUACUCGAAAAAUUAGAAUAUCGUGCAAAAAUUCAUUUAUUUCAGUAAUGCAACGUAAAAGGUGAAACUAAUAUAUGAGAUAGACGCAUGUAAUGAGUCUCUCAUAUUAGUUUCCCCUUUUACGUUGCAUUACUGAAAUAAAUGAACUUUUGCUCGAUAUUAUAACUUUUCGAGUAUCACUUGUAUUUUACGCCAAAAUAGCGGCAUGGGACACUGUUUUCGCUUCUGCUCUUUUGACGUAAAAUGUUGAAUUCCCUUCUAAAAUCCUGCUUUUCUCAAAUAAAAAUGCAAUGCAACUUUCACACUGCAGGGGGUGCACUCUGCCAUUCUAAAUUCAGAACAAACCUUUUUUAAACCUGUGCCAUACAAGGAUAAGGCAUGUUUUCAGAAUUUUAAUGAUUUUCUUACUAUGUGAGCACUUUUAAUAUUUAAAUAAAUGACCUUCAAUAAUGCCCCCUUAAAGAGCCGGCAAAAAGCACGUUGGGGCUUCCCUGUAUCCCGGUCUCUUGCUGCUUCCCGUCCUGAGACUUCAAUCUUAGCAGAAACCUGUAGGAGGAAGGACUUUACCUCCUAUCGGCAGACAUUAGUCCAGGCACUUUGUCUGGAGUUCGGCACAAAUUAUUUUCAGAGACUGUUGGCUUUGGCUUGUAUUUCAAGUCUAGGUGCCUUUGAAGGCACAGCUUUUUUUAACUGAGCAGACUGGAGUCUAACACCCUUCACAUAAAUGGAGACUCUUUACCUAGGUGCCCUCAAAGGCACAAGAUAGAGAUAGAUAGGAAUCUCAGGGUUGUUGGCAGUUUUAUACUCUAUAUACUAUUCAAUUUAGAUGGUAAUUCUUCGGUCUAACUGACUCAAUGAUAUGACAUCCUUACCGUAGAGCAAGCUACCUGAAUGCACUUCAUACAAAAAGUAUGUAUGUUUGUGAGCUCUUUAUUUUGAAUAGUAGACCUUUAAUGUGAUCCAUUUUUCUGCUUGUAUUCUGUCACUUGAAAAUCCACGGUAAUCCAAUUUUUGCCAUCAUCUACACUCAAGAUUUGUAAUAUACCUAAUGGUCAUUAAUUUCAAACAAUGUUUUUGCUUUUCUAGGUCCGGUCCCAGCUAUUACUGGCGCUCUGAAAAAUGCAGGUCUGUCUUUGAAGGACAUGGAUCUCGUGGAGGUAAGUCGUAAAAGGCAUCUAGUGCUCCUCGUUAUGCAAGGUGACAUGUAUUUUUAUUACUUAUUGGAAGAUUUCAGGCAGAAUGUCUUGUUAAGUAGUUACAUAGAAACCGAAUGUGAAGGCAAAUAAGAACUGUUUGGCCCAUAUAGUCUGCCCAAUUUUCUAAAUGUUAGUAGUCCCUGGCGUUAUCUUAUAGCUAGGAUAGACUUAUGCCUCUCCCAUCCAUGCUUAAACUCCUUCACUGUGUUAACCUCUACCACUUUAGCUGGAAUGCUAUGCCGUGCAUCAACUACCCUCUCAGUAAAGUAAUACUUCCAGAAAUUAUUUUUAAACAUUUACCCCUCUAAUUUAAGACUGUCCUGUCCUGUCCUUGUGGUUAUUUUUUUUUUUUUUUUAAAUCUAGAUGGGCUUUCUUGUAGUCAAGCCAGGCUUUGCACAGAUUGGUCUGUCUGGACCAAGCAGUUGCACAGGAUUCUAUCAGUAGUUGGUGUUUCCAAUUCCCUUUUGAGUAUUGCUCAUGUAGUGACUCAUAUGUCCUUCAAUCUUGGAGGCUAUGAGACCUGACAGGACCUUCCAUGUUGUUGGGAGGCAGGUGACUGGUUCCUGUUCCCGGCAGCAUGUGGUGGUCUGUCUUCAGGUCUAGUAGCCACUGGGCCUUGGUGUUAUGUGAUACUUCUUUCUCACAGAUGUUCUUCCAGUAUUCUUCAGUCUCUGCUACAGGUUGGUCUUGGAUAGAUAUCUUGUGGUUACCCUGCAGCUGUGCAUACACCUUGGAUGGUUCUUUGGUAAACAGGGUAUUGAUUCUCUUAGCCUCUGCUUCUCUGGUGUAUCUGCUCAGUUUAGUUGCCAAUGCUGUCCGUCUUUGCUUAGUGGUUUCCAGUGCCUUUUGUACUUCCUCAGUAACCAGGAUCUAUCCUUGAUGUUUUCACCUCUGUGAAGUUAAUCCAGCUAACUAACUUCUGUCUAUGUGGUCUUUAUCUUGGCUUGUAGUCUCCAUGGUGGGCAUUGCUUCUCUUUUGAGCCCGAUCUUGUAGUCUAGUAGCUGUAUGAGCCAGUUGGGAUUGUGGACAAUGCUUGAUUACUGCAGCUAGCAUGCUGUCUGUUGGUAGUUUUCCAGUUAUCGUUGGUCUUGUCAGCUGGUCAGGAACUGCUAGCUUUUCUAGGAUUCUAUUUAUAUCUGCUGUGAUGCCCUCUUUGGGUGGGAAUUCAGGUUGACAAGCCUCUGCAGGUAGGGAUGUGGGUAUGUACAUUUCUUCCUGUAGUCUGUCUAAUUCCAGUUGUGACACUAGCUUCUUCUUGACGAAGUUCAAACGUUGUGUAGCCAGCUGUUUUGGUGUUGGGGUAGGUGAUUGUCUCUUACUCAUCCAUAGUUCAUCCACUCGUUAAUACAGACGAAGUCCAAGCCGGUAUCACUAUCUUGGUUUGUGUUGCUCUCAUAUUCUUGAGGUGGGCAGUAUAUAUUUUUAGGUGUCUUACCCAGGCACACUUACUGGCAGGGCCAGUGCACUAAGCAGCCCCACACUGUAGCGUCACUAGUGUUCCUUUGCAUUAAAACAAAAUAAUUCCCCCUAGACGUGUCUCAGAUCUCACCCUACUGCUUCUCUAAAAUAUAGGGCUGUUUGUAGCAUUAGAACUGUAAUGCUAACAUACAUAUUUUACCUUGUCUCAUUUUGCUAAAUCAUAUGAAAAAUAUCUGUAUUCAGGUAAUACUGCCCUUUUAAAUUGAUAUCAAUGCUGUGCUGAAUUUAUUUUUAUUUAUUUUAAUUUUUUUAACCUUUUUAUUUCUUAACAGGUCAAUGAGGCUUUUGCAGCACAGUAUUUGGCAGUAGAGCGAGCACUUGGUCUUGACCCAGAGAAAACCAAUGUAAAUGGCGGUGCCAUUGCCUUGGGCCACCCACUGGCUGCAUCAGGUUCCCGAAUCACUGCUCAUCUUGUCCAUGAACUCAGGUGGGUACUCAUGUGACUGACAAUCUGUAAGAAAAUCUAAAAUUCUCCCAUUCCAACUCAAUGAAUUGCCCUGGUUAAGUCCUGGAAGAAGGCAUGGAGUUACUAAAUUAUUCCUUACCACCAAAACUACCAUUAAAGCUUGGGAUAUAGUGCACAAAAACAACUGCCAUGAGACACUGUUUGCCCUCUUUGAAUUCGGAUUUAUUAAAAACUCCCCAUCUGACUAACAUAGACUAACAUAGACUUUUUUUUUUUUUGUUUUUGUUUUUUGUUUUUUCAUGGUAAUGCUAUUUUAUCAUUUGAAAAACUACAAUUCAAGCAUAAAUUGAUGGUUCUUGAUAAAUUGAAGGAAUUAUACAAAGUAACAGACACGGCAAAAAUUACAAAAUAUUGGAAAUGUCACCACUGGAAAAAUUAUUUUUAUAUGACCCAAAUAGGAAAGGCACGAUAUCAUUGUUGUUUAUUGCACAAUGCCAAACUUACUGUUAAACUCAAACACAUGCUGUCCUGGGAAGCGGAGCUGGGUACCCAAUAUGAGUUAUCAGAAUGGUUUCGCUUUUUUUUUUCAGCGCUGAAGGGAAUUUCUUUUUUGUUCCGACCAUCUUGAAAAUCGUGUAAAAAUUUUAUAUCGUUGGUACUUAGCUCCGUCCAGGCUACAUAAUAUGAAUAAUAAAUACACCCACCAGUGCUGGAGAGACUAUGGCGGAUUGGGCAACAUGGCCCACAUAUGGGGGUAUUGCCCAAAAAUAUCCACACAUUGGAGAAUGAUAUAUGACUUGAUCGCCAAAGUAGACCGCAGCAUUGACUUUUUAACAUCAGAAUUGGAUUUAUUUAAAAAAUUCCCUGAGUCCGUCAACAGAAUGAAUAAAAUAAUAGGCCACUUCGUGCUUACCUAGAUACUGGAAAACUAACCAUACUCCUUUGAUUAAAGAAGUGCUAAAGCUGGUCAUAGACUAGAAGUCACACGAACUUUAACAUGUUUAUAAAUGAUCUUGAAGACCGCAUUGAAAGUCAUGUUUCAAUGUUUGCAGAUGACACAAAACUUUGUAAAAUAAUACAAUGUGAGCAAGCUAUUACUUUGCUGCAGAUGGAUUUAGAUAGACUGGGGGACUGGGCACUCAAAUGGCAGAUGAAAUUUAAAGGACCACUAUAGUGCCAGGAAAACACUCGUUUUCCUGGCACUAUAGUGCCCUUGGGGUGCCCCCACCCUCAGGGACCCCCUCUCGCCGGGCUCUGGAGAGAGGAAGGGGUUAAAAACUUACCUUUCUCCAGCGCCGGGCGGGGAGCUGUACUCCUCCUCUCCUCCUUGCUCGCGACGUCUUCGGCUGAAUGCGCAUGCGCGGCAGGAGCUGCGCGCGCAUUCAGCCGGUCGCAUAGGAAAGCAUUUACAAUGCUUUCCUAUGGACGCUGGCGUGCUCUCACUGUGACUUUCACAGUGAGAAGCACGCAAGCGCCUCUAGCGGCUGUCAAUGAGACAGCCACUAGAGGCUCUGGAGGCUGGAUUAACCCUCAGUAUAAAUAUAGCAGUUUCUCUGAAACUGCUAUGUUUAUAUUUAAAAAAAAAAAAAAAAAAGGGGGUUAAUCCUAGAGGGACCUGGCACCCAGACCACUUCAUUAAGCUGAAGUGGUCUGGGUGCCUAGAGUGGUCCUUUUAAUGUUGAAAAAUGCAAAGUUAUGCACUUCGGCGUAAAGAAUACACAUGCAACGUAUACCCUUAAUGGAAGCGAAUUAGGGAUAACAACACACGAAAAGGACUUGGGAAUUGUUAUAGACAACAAACUAUGCAACAAUGUGCAAUGUCAAUCAGCAGUGGCCAAGGCCAGUAAGGUAUUGUCAUGCAUGAAAAAGGGCAUCCAUUCUCGGGACAAGAAUAUAAUUUUGCCUCUUUAUAAAUCACUGGUAAGACCCCAUAUUGAAUAUGCUGUGCAAUUUUGGGCACCUGUUCUAAAGAAGGAUAUUAUGGCACUAGAAAAAGUGCAGAGGCGGGCUACAAAAUUAAUAAAAGUAAUGGAACAUAUCCGCUAUGAAGAAAGGUUAACAAAUUUAAACCUAUUUAGUUUAGAAAAACGUCGCCUGAGAGGGAAAUGAUAACGUUAUACAAAUAUAUUUGGGGCCAAUACAAACCAUUGUGUGGAAAUCUAUUCACAAACCGGACUUUACAUAGGACACGAGGACAUGCCUUUAGACUGGAAGAAAGAAGACUUCGUCUAAGGCAAAGGAAAGGUGUUUGUUCUUACAGUAAAAAAAAAAAAAAAUCAGGAUGUGGAAUUCUCUGCCUGAAGAAGUGGUUUUAUCAGAGUCCAUACAGAUGUUCAAACAGCUACUAGAUGCAUACUUGCAAAAACAGAAUAUUCAAGGAUAUAAUCUUUCAAUGUAGGGUAAUAACUGCUUGAUCCAAGGAUAAAUCUGACUGCCAUUCUGGGGUCAAGAAGGAAUUUUUUUCCUAGCUUGUUGCAAAAUUGUGCUUCAAACUGUUUUUUUUUUCCUUCUUUUGGAUCAACAGCAAAAAACAAAUGUGAGGAAGGCUGAACUUGAUGGACGCAAGUCUCUUUUCAGCUAUGUAACUAUGAACUGUCACACAGAAACAACUCACACAUCUUUGCUACACUAAAAUACCAUUGGGAAUUAUGGGAAGUUGAAAUUAAACAAGUUUAUAAUUUGUAAGACUUGCUUUCUAACUGUACAGUAUUUGUAGUUUACAUGCAUUGUACAUUAUUUUAUUUUUAUUUUUUUUAUUUUUUUUGUAACAUUGGAUGGGCCUCCCAUUUUCCUCUCCUUUUAUAAUACUGUUCUUAUAAUUUGUUGUAAAAGUUGCAAAACUUUCAAUAAAAACUAUUUGAAAAGAAGUCUAGAAUCACACAAGGAGGAAAGGCAUAACCCACCCAUUGCUGUGCAACGGUUUAUCAGAUUUCAGAAUCAAAGAUUGCAUAUUUAGUUUAUUUGGGUGUUUUUUUUUUUUGUUUUGUUUUGUUUUUAUUAUUGUGCAAACUGACCAAAAACACACAGCAUGUCUUCUCUACUUUAAUCGGUCUGAUUACAAGGACAGAACUAAAUUAAAUUAAAAUUUACAUGGAUUGCCUGGAUCUCCUCUGAAAGCUUGCAAUUUAUAGAGCUUUAUAAAUAAACGGAACUCAAGAUUCAGAGCUGUGUAUAACAGAUUAAGAAAAAUAACUAAUUUAUUUUUUCAGAAUAUUUUCAAUUAAUUUGCUAGUUUUCUAUAAUCCUUUUAUUACUGGUAUGGAAAAACCGUAGCUGUGUAGAACUUGCAAUUCUGUCUGAGAUUCUAAAACCAAUGGAAUGUCCAUGCUGAUUGACCCACUUCUUAGUACACUUUAUUUAUUUUGUAUUUUUUUAUUUUUUAUUUUUUUUGUCUGAAAUGCAUGUUUGGUGAUUUUAACUAUUUUUAUAUAUAAUUUUUUUUCCUCCCUUUUCUUUCAUCUAGACGUCGUGGUGGUAAAUACGCAGUGGGAUCAGCCUGUAUCGGUGGAGGCCAGGGAAUUGCAAUUAUUAUUGAGAAUGUGGCCUAAAACAAAACUUAUGAACACACAAUCAACGAUGUUUAAAGAAAAUAUUAUCACAAGUUGUCUGGUCUCCUUUAAUGGUUACAAAAUGCACUAUAGGCCAUAUGUACCAAGCUUAGAUAAAACUGUUUGCCAUUAUUCUACAUGUUGGCUGAACAAUUGCCUUAAUGUCGUUCUAAUUUCCCUUUUUCUAGAAAAAAAUUAACUACACCGUGCUUUCCUUGCAAAGUCAAAGGCAUAAUAAUAUGUAUGUCAUGCAUAUAAACAAGUGCCUUUCAUGGUGUUUUCUUGAAUGUCUCUUGCCAUGAAAUUUGGCUUGUGUAUAAAAUUGUCUAAUCCUGAGUGUAUGCCACCGGUGCCUUGUGUGUACAAAAACAUUGACUGCCAUAUUGUCAUUGUGAUUUUUUUUUUUUAGUUUUUUUGAAAAUGUUUUAUAGAACAAUCUAUAAACAUUUUAGGCCUUUUUCUUCUGCUCUUUUCUACAAAAAAAGUUAAUUGGUUUAAUACAGCUUUAGCCAAUCCUAAAACAUUGUUGCCUCACACUUCUAGUGUCCUUCCCCCCCCCCCCCCUUUUUUUUUUUUCUGUAUUUUCAUUAUUUGCUUGUUAAAUAUGUUAUACUUGCACUUAUGUCAGCCAUUUUGUUGUAAGUCUCUGGUACACACUAGGAUCUCUUUCUCUUUUUGGGGGGGGUAGGGAGAGGGGGGGUUGUUUGUUUUUCCAUCCUUUGGUUAUACACUCCUUCUGUUUUAGGGAUUAUGAAUUUUUUUUUUUUUUUUUUGCUAACUGUGAAGGGAAUUAGACUUAUUGUUGUGGGCUUAAAUAAAAUAUGUAAAAGGAAUAAUUUUGUACUUUUUUUAUUUUAAUGUUAUUUGAAUAAUACAUAAUAUGUAAUUAUUUUGUCAACCACUCCUUGAGCUAUGACUAAUGGUAUUCCACAAUCUUCAAGCAAAGGUUCUUAACGCAAAUUGCUUUUAAAGGAACACUUAAGGCACAAUAACUAAUACAGCAUAUUGUCAAACCAUUUACUUAUUGUUUGACUUCUUACUUGGGUGAAUACUAUCUGGCCCUAGGGCUUUGUCUACAUUCACUUUUUAUUUCAUUUUGGAAGCACUUUAUCCUGUGUAACCAAUCAGUUUGCUGUAAGGCUUUGGUAACCAGCAUUUGCAAAAUUACAGCCAGAGACUUUUCUCCCUUAUAUACUGAAGAAAAAAAAUUCUUUAGAAUUUCUGCCUUGUCCUGAUCACUCCUUGAUUAACUCCCCCAUUUCACUUUCCAAUGGACCAACACUUUUUUUUUUUUUUUUUUUUUUUAAACGC